GCGCGCUUUAUCAUAAGUUCUGUCAUUGAAUCAACUGGUGUGGUUGCGAUUCCCCGGUUGUACGUGACAAGGAGUAGGGUCCGUUGUCCAGCUUCAUGGGUUUUCUCCGUGUCCUCCGGUUUCCUCCCUCUGCUAAAAAGCCUGAAGUGCAAGCGAAUUAUUGAAAUGACCUAGUUUGUGACGAGUGGAAGUUAAACCCCAUCUCUCUCACUUUCUCACUGGAAGUGUCUGUUGAUACAGGUAUUGUAGUUGGUAUAGAGGACGUUCUGGUGCCUGACUGUAACUCACAAGCUAGUAGUCAGAGUCCUUACGUAAGCAGGGGUUCCUAAAAGAGUACCGGAACUCAGUAUUAAUAGAAUUGCAUCUUUUAAUUCUUAUUACAUUAGAGAGGGGUUGGGUGGCCGAAUGAUUAGCAUGUGCGCGCUAUAUCAUAAGGCCUGUCAUUGAGUCAACUGGCGUGGUUUUCAUUCCCCAGUUGUACGUGACAAGGAGUAGGGUCGUCUGUCCAGCUUCAUGGGUUUUCUCCGGGUCCUCGAGUUUCCUCCUACUGCUAAAGACCCUACACGCAAGUGAAUUAUUAAAAUAACACUGAACCAUAUGUUAGUCUCGAAAUGACCUAGUUUGUUUCAAGUGGACAUUAAACCUCAUUUCUAUCUAUAUAUCUAUCUAUUACUUUAGAUUUAUGGCCUUCAAAAGAUUUCUUUUGAUCUUAGUAAAUAAGGUCGAAUGUGUUCCGUCCUUCAUGUUUCAAGCCAAAUCUGAAUGUGGGUUGAUUGUACAGGAUAUUAAUGUGUGAAUCAUUACAUGUUUAACAAAAGUUAAAAGAAAGACACAUACAUCAUGAAACAAAAGGAUGAGAAGAAAAAGAAGAUGAAGACAAGUAACAAGAGAUACCACAUUUUACAAACUUCUUUUAAAACUAAGACAAGUUUAAAAUCUUCAACAAGUUUAGUUGACACAAGUUCAAAUAGUGAUAUUACUGCACCGUUAAGAGGAUUAUCAGAACCCAACUAUUGGUCUAAUCUCGGAUUUAACGGUGAUGGCACACUUCAACUAGGUGACGUCACCUUAUGUCAACAACACAGGAUGAGUGACGGAGGUGAAGAUGAAGGCCAGGAAUGGUUAUAUGAAUUACUGGCUGAAGUUCAACUCGAGAAAUUUUUCUCUAAAUUACGAGAUGAUCUUCAAGUCACCAGGUUGACACAUUUUGAUUAUGUUAAAGUGGAGGAUUUAGAAAAGAUUGGAAUGGGAAAGCCGGCUGUUCGCAGAUUGAUGGAUGCCAUUAAAAAGAAAAAAUCUAUAAAGAAGAAGGGUAUAUUAGAUAAGUUUUUACCAGGUACAAAAACAAUAGAGAAAACAUCCACACGAAAACUAUCCACAUCUUCUGCUGCGAAAUCUAAUGAACAAAGUUUAACAUGUUUAAUAGAUCAGAAAUACCUGUACAUCUAUGGUAAACUCGGCAAUGGAUCAUUUGGUGUAGUUAGAAAAGGAGAAUGGGUCACUAAUUCACAAUCAAAGAAAGAUGUAGCUAUAAAGAUAUUAAAAAAUGAUGUUUUAGCUCAACCUGGUGCAUUUGAAGAUUUUGUAAAAGAAGUAAAUGCUAUGCAUACAUUAAAUCAUGUAAAUUUAAUACGACUAUACGGAGUUGUCCUCUCUUCACCUUUAAUGAUGGUGACAGAGUUGGCCGAGCAUGGAGCAUUGUUAAACAAAUUACGUGAAGAUGGUCAGAAGAUAUUAGUCUGUACAUUAAUAGAUUACGCUAUACAGAUAUCAAAUGGUAUGAGUUAUCUAGAAACUAAACGUUUCAUACAUCGUGAUUUAGCCUGUAGAAACGUACUACUUUCAGCUCAUGAUAAGAUAAAAAUAGGAGAUUUUGGUUUAAUGAGAGCUUUACCUAGUCAAGAAGAUCAUUAUGUGAUGUCAGAACACAAAAAAGUACCAUUUGCUUGGUGUGCACCAGAAAGUUUAAAAUCUCGUCAGUUUUCCCAUGCUACAGAUAUGUGGAUGUUUGGUGUAACACUAUGGGAAAUGUUUACGUAUGGUCAGGAACCAUGGAUGGGAUUAAAUGGCUCACAAAUAUUACAAAAGAUAGAUGUAGAUGGUGAUAGAUUACCUGAACCUAAUUACGCACCUAGUGCUAUUUAUCAACUUAUGACUCAAUGUUGGGCUGAAAAACCACAAGAUAGACCAUCGUUUAUACUCAUGAAAGAUUACCUGUGUGAGGUUCAGCCACCUGAAGUAAAAAGUUUACAUAAUUUUCAAGAGAAAGAUAAAUUGAAGAUAGAGGAAGGAGAUCAUAUUGUUAUUAUAUCGGGAAAACCUGAGAAUUAUUGGUGGAAAGGUCAGAAUAAAAGAACAACAGAAAUAGGAUUGUUUCCAAGACAGCUGGUAGAUCCACUCCGUAAACGAGCCAGUCAGGAUAUAAGUAAACCGUUAAAGAAUAGUUUUAUACAUGCUGGACAUGGAGAUGUUUUUGGUAAAACCUGGGGUGAUCCAUCUACUAUAGAUGAAGUAUAUUUAAGAAACCCCAUGGAUCCUCCAGAUAUAAGUGGUGAUGCCAAUGCAGGAUUAGAAGAAAAAUUACAAAUUAUCAACAAUAAAAAAGAAGCUAUGGAUGUAAAACAGUUUAAUUAUUCAAAGUUAAAGAGUGAAGCACCUCAAAAGAAUCCAAAGAGUCCAAAGAGUCCAAAAAGUCCAAGCAAGAAACGCCCACAUGCUCACAAGGCCACACCACUUGCUGCUGUUACUGGAAACCAAAGACCUCCACCACCUCAAGACAGGCGUAAUUUACGAGCUUCAACUAAGAGUACACGAUCACUGGAUGAUCGACCUUUGAUUGAUUUAUCUGAGGAAGUGGAAGACUCGAAAAUGAAAACAAACAAUAUGAAAACAACUCAUAGUACUUUGUCUCUCUUUGAUUCUUUGUUGUCAACGUCAAACGCCACUCAAUAUGGAAAUGUUGGCUUACCGAAACCCCUCUUAACAGACAGUCCUGCUGAUCCCUUCGAAGUUAAUCAGAGUUAUAAAAUGACCAGCUCGGCUUCGUCGGCUUACAGCUCAUCUUCGGAAGGAUCUUGGCACGCAACUACUAAUCAAAAUAUCACUACAUCUCAUUUUAUGCAGGAUGCAACCUGGCCCCGCAGUAAGUUCGAUCAUCCAGAUUUUAAUUCGCGAGUGAGAGUUUUGCCAACAAAUGUCGAAUCACGGACUCACACUGUUCACAAACCCAUCUCAAACAUUCCCAAAGAACCUUUUGGUGCAUCUGUAUCUAAUAAUAGCAACGGUAGUAUUUAUUAUUCUGUUCCUCCAUCCGAGGAUGAACUUUAUUCAAACACUCAAUCAAAUGUCUUGUCAAGACCACCAUUUCCAAUGGCUGAUGUGAUAACAGAAAGGGAAAGUAGAGUGGUGCAUAGUUACAAUAAAACAAGCGUGUCCAACAACCAGUCACAACUACCGUUACAAGUUAAGUUGCCUCCCCCUAAAAAAUCAGACUCUGAUAAAACUAACAAAGCAUUUGAUUGGAUAAAUGAUGAAUUAAGUCACUUUGCUCUGUCUCGUGUCAGGACAGAUGAGACCCCAUCUUCUAAAUCAGCAAUUCAAAGGCCGACAGAAACUUUGCCGCUUUACGACCAAGUACCAAAGGAAGAUCCACCCUGUUUGCCGCUUUAUGAUGAUCCCCCUCCCCUGCCUAAGUUUGACGAUCCUCCUUCCUUGCCUCCUCCAUAUGGUGACCCCCCUCCACUUACAAAGUUUGAUGAAUCGGUUUCUUAUCCACUAUAUGAUGACCCACCAGCUACGCCAACCUAUGACCAAGUACCCACAGAAACCCACAAUGGCACCAAUGUCAAUUAUUCUGAUAAUGUUGAUUGCAUGUCUUCCACAACCAAAAGUUACGAUUCUUUUGAUUCUGAUUUUGAUGAAGAUGAAAUGGACCAUGGAGUUGUAGCCAUGGCAGAAGUACCUGGGGUUUGUCCCCCUCCACUUCCUCCGAGAGACUAUGAAGAGAGUCACAAAAGACAUUUACCAAAAAUUUACCCAAUGGUGAAGGAUGGCAAGCAAUUAAGCCACACCCAUUAUUUUCUAAUUCCCGAGAGAGAGAAUCAGAGGCAGAGGUCACCACAACAGCCAGCUGUGACAGUAGAAGUUAAGCCAUUUCAUAUUGAAACAGGAAAAACCGUGCGAUGCCCUGAUCCAGUAAGAAAUUCAACAUAUCAGAAUGUUAAUUUAACUGCUACAAGCUCUUACAUAUCUAAAAGUUCGGAGAAUUUAACUGACAGUGGGUCGUACAGGUCACGCCCUUCUAAAAAUCAAUCAAUGGACACUGGGGUUUCAGCAUCGCAAUCUCUUGGCGUGGAUUCAAGAUAUUAUCACAGACAGGUAUCCGAACCCUCUUCGCGAUCGCAAUCGGGAAUGCCUGUCAGUCCAGCACGCGAGUGUCGAACUUUGCAAAACAAUAAAACAAAUUUUAUGAGUUCUUCGCCACGUGAUCGAAUUGCGACAGUUCAGAGUAGUGUUAUAGGUGUGACGGAUGAGGAGAGUCAUGCCGCUUUGUGUCACUGUCAUUGGGAUGUAUCAGAAGCCAUUAAAUAUCUGAAAGUAGAACAAUUAUUUCGUCUGGGAUUGGCGCCUAGACCUCACUGUGAACAACUGUUGGAAACUUUACACUGGAAUCUGGAGUUAGCUAGUUCCGUUCUCUUAGAUAAAUUUAAUGGUCAAGUUUCAAUAGAAUCGGCAGUGUAGUGUUAUAAACAAAAAAAAAGAAACUUGUGUUUUUGUAUGUGGAGAUUUGAUUAAUGUUAAAAUAACACAAAAACAGCUUUAUGGAUAACAAUCACUAGUUAGUUCCGUUUUCUUAGAUAAAUUUAACGGUCAAGUUUCAAUAGAAUCGGCAGUGUAGUGUUAUAAAGAACAAAAAAAAACCUUAUGUUCUUGUAUGUGGAGAUUUGAUUAAUGUUAAAAUAACACAAACACAACUUUAUGGAUCACUAGCAACUUUAAUAGUGGAUUAAUAUUAGAUUGUGAUGUUAAAUCAUAAAGUUAUAUGUUAUAUGGUUGUCUGCUAGGCAAACAUUCUAAUUUCGGAAAGACACAGUGUUACAGACAAUAACAAAGUGUUUAAAAAUAUGGUGUUAUCAUCAUCGACAUGAUUUUUAUUCUGGGCAAAUCAUUUAAAUGUUUCUUAAACUCAGAAAAAAAAUUAUUUAUUCAAAGGUGUAAGAUAAAUUGUAGACAAAAGGUAGAAGAAUAUUUAUAAAAGUAUAUUAUUCUAUAAACAGUUUAAUUUCUGUAUAAUUUAUAUUAAAAUAAUGUUAUAUUACGAUUAUCUUCUAUAUACAUAUAAUCCAAGAUUAUGUAUUAUUUACAUACAGUGAACAUUAACACAUAAUUUUUACCCCACUACAUUUCAGUCUAAACACAUGUCUUUAUUGGUCUCAUUCAGUAACAUACAGUGUGUGAUUGGUCAACUUUAAAUCUGAAGACCAAUCAAAACCGGUGAAAGGGAAAAUAAAACAAGGUUUUGAAGUAUUCUAAAAGCUCAUUAGGGGAUUCCUCUUUUGAGAACUGGUGUCUCAAACAUUUGAUUGACUAUUGGCUAUAUUCUAGGCCUAGGGUAUUAUUAUGCUUACAUCAUGCAAUUUUCUUAAACUGUCUUUAAUUAUCACAUGGAGUGAUGUAAAAUUGAACAUCAUGUUUUGAUUAGAUUGUGUCUCUCUAUUUGAUGAGUUAGCUGUGAACAGAUCUAUUGGGUACUGUUUAGAUAUUGAGAGGUCUUGUUGUUGAGUUAGCUGUGAACAGAUCUGUUGAUCGGUACUGUUUAGACAUUGAGAGGUCUUUUUGAUGAGUUAGCUGUGAACAGAUCCGUUGAACGGUACUGUGUAGAUAUUGAAAGGUCUUGUCUAUUUUCAGACUGGAUGGGGAGAUAAGGCCCGGAGUUCACAAAUCUUUCUCAGACUUUAGUUAAGAAUUUACCCAAAAUUGUAUAGCCCUUUAUAAAACUUUUGUUGUUUUAGUGUAUCAAAUACAUCAAUAAGAAACUUAACUAUGUGCAAAUUUUUGCGUUUCUGAAUCAAGACAUUUUUCAAACAGUGAUUGAAAGUUGAGUAAAUACUUAACUAAAAUCUGAGAUUAUUUGGGGGCCAGGUCUGUUUGGGGAGGAGAAUAGGCCGGUUAAGGAGGUCAUUUCCAUAUUGAACAAUCAUUUAUGGGGAAUUCAGGGUAAGAGUUAAGGGGAGGGGGAGUGUUAGGGUUACCUACCCAUACCCCUGAUCUUUUGAUUUUUUUUAACUUGGCUUGUUGGAAUUACAGACGUCCCUGUCUGACAUGAACAUUAGAUUCUCCCAUAUUCGAGAGGUUAGCGUGUAUUUGUGUUUAUAAUUGUUUAAUUAUCCAGGUAAAAGUGAUGCACCUGCAUGUAUUGUUAUGUUAAUAUUGUAAUCAAUAGCCUUAGAUAUCAUUGUUUUUUAUAUAUAUAGUGUACAUAAUCUGUAUAUUAAAUAGGUUAGUUAUUUUGUAUAAAUUGUAUAUUAAAGAGAUAAAUAUGGUCAUAUAUAUGUGAGUGGCCCUGUUAUACGCAGAGGGUCGUUGAACAAGAUAUCACUGUAGUUAAACUUUAAGCAUUAAUCAAUGUACCAGAACCCAGGCCCCGAGUUCACAAAGCAUUCUCAGACGUAAGUUAAGAAUAUACUCAAAAUUGUUUGCCUUAUUUUAACUAAAUAUAGCCCUUUAUAAAAAUUUUGUCGUUUUAAUGUAUCAAAUCCACAAAAAGAAACUGUGUGCAAAGUUUUGUGUUUCUGAAUCAAAGAUAUUUCUCGUAAACAGUGAUUGAAAGUUGAGUAAAUUCUUAACUUAAAUCUGAGAAUGCUUUGUGAACUUGAGGCCUAAUGUACUUUAUAUAUUCUGACUGCAGCUGGCUGCCAUUUAGACUACUAAUAUUGGCUGUGUUAUGCACAAGAUUUCAGUGGGUGUGAUUGGAAAGAAAACAUAAAAACAAAUUAUAUUCAGACAGAGCCUCAGUGUAACACUAUAAUUGAAAUGAGACAAACUCUAGAUGAAGAUGUCUUGUGUAUAUUUUAACUUAAGUCUCAAAAUGCUUUGUGAACUCGGGGGCCUGGUUUCAAUCAUAUUUACAAGUCUUGACUGACUAGCAGUGAAAUUUGUCUGUCAGUCAAUUUAUAUGUCAUGAAAUUAAAAUUUUAAAGAAUUUAUCCAUAAAACACAAAUCCAAAAUGCACCAUAAAUGUUUAACAAUACAAUCAGGUCUUACUCUCUCAUUAAAAUCUUGUUUGCUUAAUCAGGGAAUAAUUAAUAAUAUUCUGUCUAAUUUAUUCUUAAAGCUACGCUGUUAGUGUUUAUUUGUUGUGUAAAAAUCAUGAACACUUGUGAAAUAUAUCUGUCAUUUAUUGUAUAUUAAUAUUGUUUACCAUGCUAUCAAGAUUCAUGAAGAUUGGUGCAAAUUUGAUAGUAUAUUUAAAUGAAACUGCCAGGUCGUCAAAAUUAGCCAUUUAGUUUCUGAAAUCAUGUAUAAAUGAAUAUUUAUUUUUGUGUAAAACAUAAUUUUGAAAUUUAUAAAUGUCCUGUUUUGUAUUGUUUAAAUGAUUUUUAGUAAUUGAACUGGAUAUACACAGAACCCAAUAUAUAGUAAUUGAACUGUGUAUACACGGGACCCAAUUCUUAGUAAGUGAACUGGAUAUACACAGGACUCAAUUCAUAGUAAUUGCACUGGAUAUACAUAGGGCCCAAUAAAUGGUAAUUGAACUGGAUAUACGCAGAACCCAAUUAAUAGUAAUUGAACUGUGUAUACACAGGACCCAAUUCUUAGUAAGUGAACUGGAUAUACACAGGACUCAAUUCAUAGUAAUUGAACUGGAUAUACAUAGGGCCCAAUAAAUGGUAAUUGAACUGGAUAUACACAGGACCCAAUUAUCUGGAAUACAUAGAAAUGUGUCCUAUGUUGAUUGUAUUGAUUGAUUGCUUUGUCACAAGAAGUCAAUUUAUGGAUUUAUGUUGAUUAUGUUAGGUCCUAUGACUCCAAUGUUAGUAAAGGCACUGUUAAUGUUCUUUGGAAUACCUAGAAAUGGGUUUUAUGUUGAUUACAUAUGUUGGAUCCUACAUGUAUGUUAAUCAAGGCGCUGUUGAUGUUCUUUGUAAUUUUUAUUAAAGUUUAACAAAAUAGCCUUGAUUGUUACAUGUUAUCAAAUAUUUACUGCCCAUCAUAAAGUAUGUUAUAGAAAUAUUGGUUAUUUUUAUAAAUACAUGUAUUAUCUGGAUAUAUAUAUAUAAAUUUAAUUUAUUUAAAAACUACCACAAUGUUAUCUAAUCGCAUUAUGUUAUAUUGGAUAUUGCUUUAUUGCUUGCCUUUAAUCUAGCAUUAAUACUACAACAUCAAAUAUAUGCUGGUUGCAUACACAGGGAACAUUUGUUGCUAAAGAUUUACGACUGUUUGUUCCAAUUGGUUGUUGAAGAUUGGUUAUAUAUUUGAGUAUGUAAUAGAAAUAGAAGGAAUUGUAAAGUAACUGUUUUUAGCUUUUGUUAAUUAGCAGUAAUUUAUUAAAAGCUGGCUAGCCUAUUAGAAUUUUGGUACCAACAUUGAGACACAUGUAUUAAUAAUCUUAUUAUUCUUAAAAUAGGCAUGUACUAACAAAAAAAUGACCCUUUACAUCAGCCUGUGAACUGGUCAAUGGUUGGCUUGUUGUUGUUAUUGGCAUUUGUUGGUCGGCAACAUGUAAAGUGUAAAUUGGGCAGAAUAGACCCUUGUCUUAAGAUUAGGUCCUGCUUAUACUCAAUCUGAUUAGAACACAGAUCCUAUUUCGUUUCGUUUUUUAUAGUUCAAAAUUUCGUUUUACUUGUCUUUACUACACUAGGACAUGGAAGAGUUGUUAUAUUACCGGCGUUUUGGUUGAAGUGAGGGAUUAACCAGUGAAACGAUCUGUUAAGGCGACUUCUUGGCGUGCCAUGCACGGAACUAUGGGUAAACCACUAGAAACGUCAACGCUGAUUGAUUAAUCAAUGUAUGACGUCAUAAGGUCAACAUCCCCUCGUACGAACCCUGACACGACCUUCGAGUACAACUUGUCAGAUCUUCAUGUAGUGUAGGGCAUUGAAAUUAUAAAAAAAACGAAACGAAAUAUAGAUCUGUAUCUUAAUCAGAUUGGCUCAUACUUUUUGCUGCUUUUUUAUUGACAAUGGUGAUAUAUUGACUGUUGAUGUGAUUUAAUUACACUUAUUACAUAAUUAUGGUUAAUGUAGUAAUUGUUCAUGUAAAAAUAUGUUAAUGUAAUCACCUUGUAUAUCUUUAUUAAAUCAUCAGGAAGCUUAUAUUGUUUAUUACAUUAUUACAUUAAUUAUUAUUAUAUUUCAUCAUUGGGAUUUUUUUCUAUUUAGGCCAUAUUGAUCACCUGUGUGUAGUUAACUUGUAAGUUGAGAAAUAUAAAAAUAAAAUUAUUAAAAAAUUCAAA